AUGGACACUACACUGACAAUCAUUAUUGCAGUGGCGGUACUGUAUAACUUUGGCAAGAGACAAGAAGACGAGCUACCUGAGGAGGCUGAGGAGGACCUACCUGAGGAGAAUGCAGAAGAUGGCCAGGUGCAACAUGCUGCCAAUGCAAAUGGGAAUGCUGUGAGGAGAACCUUGAUUGAGAACCAUUUUGCAGCCUUAGUGAAGUGGCGGAUCAUGUCUCAGAAGAAGAUAUUUCUGGUCUUUGUGGCAAUUAGUACCGUCAGUCUACUGCUGCACCAUGGGGGCCAUUUCAGCUGGACGAUGGAAGCCUUUCACCUCGGCUGUCCGUCACUACGCACCCACCUGUCCUCCUCUCUCAAGCCCAAACACACCAACGUGGCCUUCCUCAAGACGCACAAGACGGCCAGCACCACCAUGCAGAAUCUGCUCUUCCGCUUCGCAGAGCGCAACAACCUGACAGUGGCGCUCCCUGUGCAGGCCUGCGGACACCAGUUCUGCUACCCGCGCACCUUCAACGCCCACCUCGUCCACCCGCACACCCUGCCACCCAACGUGGUCACUAGCCACAUGCGCUUCAACCGCGCCGAGAUGCAGCGCCUCAUGCCUAACGAUACCAUCUACGUGACCAUACUUCGAGAACCAGGGUCCAUGUUUGAAUCGUUGUUCAGUUACUAUAACCAGUACUGUCAGAGUUUUAAGAGAGUUCCCAAUGGGUCCCUGGAGGCAUUUCUGGAUGAGCCGUGGCGGUACUACCGUCCGGACGAAAAGGACUCCAUGUACGCCCGUAACACACUGACCUUUGACCUUGGUGGGGACAAGGACCGUCCGGCGGCAGACGCGACAGCAUACGCCCGGGCCUUUGUGGCCGAGACAGAACGUGUUUUCUCCCUGGUGAUGAUCGCCGAGUACUUUGACGAGUCGCUGGUCCUCCUCCGUCACCUUCUCUCCUGGGAUCUGGAAGACGUGCUCUACGUCAAGCUCAACAUGCGGAUGUCCGGCUCCAAGCACAGCCUCUCACCAGGCCUCCCCUUCAAGAUCCGCGCCUGGAACGCCUUGGACGCACGCCUCUAUGAUCACUUCAACGCCUCCCUGUGGCGCCAGCUGACUGCCCUGGGCCCGGCGUGCGUGGCCAGGGAGGUGCGGUUGCUCCGCAGGGCCCAGGAGAGGCUGGUGAGGGGCUGCUUUGGAGGACGGCUUCCCCAGCUCCGCUCUGCUGCCCAGAUCAAGAACAAGGAGCUGCGGCCGUGGCAGCCCAGCGCAAAGGUGGACAUCGUGGGCUACGACCUGCCGACCAACACCAACGCCACCUGGCCCGGAAGCCUGGCCCACGAGCUAUGUCUGAAGCUUAUCAUGCCAGAGGUCCAGUACACCAGGGUCCUGCUUCGAUCGCAGUCGCUACGCUACCGACGCAGCUACCCGCUCCGCUCCCCUCAGCCCCAGCCGCAGCAGCCCGUACGGUCGGUCCUGCCACGUCACCAACAGGUGGGGAUACAGCAGAUUCCCCGGGAGGCCCUUCCUCCAGGACCUGGUCCCGCCUCUAGCCCCACAGCCACCUCUCGACCUGCAGGGACCCAGAGCAGAGCCACCAGGGUGGGGCUAAGGCCCUCGGGCCCCCAGAGGCAGACGCCAUAA